AUGGGUGCCUGGAUGUCAGCUGUCUUGUCUUCUUACGGAUUGAACUACCUCUUCUUCCUCACUUACGGCACCAUGAAGCUCAUCAAUUGCACCACACUCCGAAUUGAAGAUGUCUUCAACUCAUCAACCACCAGGCCGUAUGCCAUUCUCUCUCAUCGCUGGGAAGCCGAUGAAGUUACCUACCAGGACAUCAUGAGCUCCCAACCUCCGACUCACAAGGCCGGAUGGAUGAAGAUACGCGAAGCCUGCCGGGUUGCCCAGUCGAUGGGCUACGAGUUCGCAUGGGUGGACACAUGUUGCAUCAACAAGCAGGACUUUGCGGAGCUCACCGAGGCCAUCAACUCAAUGUUCAAGUGGUACGCCAACGCAGGCGUCUGCAUAGCCUACUUAUCAGAUGUCACACCCGAACAGCCUUCUGUAGAGGACUCCCAGUGGUUCACAAGGGGAUGGACGCUCCCGGAGCUCAUUGCGCCGGAGGUGGUCGAGUUCUUCGACAGGGAAUGGAACCACAUCGGGACCAGAGCGGAAUUGUGUAAUGAGAUCCGCCGAAUCACUGAUAUUGAUGAGAAAAUCCUUCGCUACGACGUCUCCUCAGGCAAUACCAUCGAGGGGCUACUGUCUGAGGUACCCGUGGCGCGAAAAAUGUCAUGGGCGUCCGGACGAGCCACGACCCGCGAGGAGGAUAUGGCGUACAGCCUACUGGGAAUAUUCGGUAUCAACAUGCAACUGCUUUAUGGUGAAGGGAGUAACGCGUUCAUGCGUCUCCAAUUGGAAAUCAUGAAAGAGACCAAUGACAUGACCCUGUUCGCAUGGACUUGCUCCUCGGACAACCCUUACCAGCAAGGUGCGCCCGAAUAUCGAGGGAUCUUGGCGACUUCGCCAGGCGAAUUUGAGGACACGGGUAAUGUGGUCUUUACUAGAGACAUCAAAUACAACCCGGAGUAUACAAUGACCAACAAGGGACUGCGAAUUGAAACUAGGUUCGUCGUAGGUGAAGACACAACGCAUUUCCUCAAGCUCCAGUGCAAAUGGGACGACGGACCCCCCGGCCAGUCUCUAGCAAUUCCGCUGAAAGACCACGGCGGGGGGAUCUUCCUCAGAUCAGAUCCAGACCGAUUCGUCAUGCUCCCCGACGACGAUUUACAGGGGAGAAAUUCCACAAUCUACAUCAAGAAACACAUCAGGAUAGUGGAAGAGCCUCCACUAUACGCAGAGACUGAACGCGUGCUCCGCAAGGCAUACCAGUUCCACACAAGCGGCCCGAAAAGAGUGACGAUACAGAGGGCCGUGCCUGAGACCAAGUGGAACAGCCAGAGAAAUAUGAUCGAGAUAUAA